AUGUUAAAGGACAGCCCAAAAUGGAAAAUUCCCAAGAAUGCACCAACGCCGAUGACUAGUGCCUAUGAACCGGAGAUGGAUGGAUUCAGCGAAUUAGGACGAGAAGACCAUGCCUACUUCCAAGAGUUGAUUGGGAUAUUACAAUGGGCGACAGAGAUUGGACGAGUCGAUAUCUCACUGGAAGUAUCACUCCUGAGCCAGUAUCAAGCAGCUCCAAGGGAAGGACACAUGGAACAAGCAUUGAGGAUAUUUGCUUUUGAGGAUAUUUGCUUUCAACCCUAA